CAGCCAGAUAAAAAAAAGAAAAAGAAAAAAAGGAGGCAAAGGGGAGGGGCUUUCAAGGGAGAAAUAGAGGAGAAAGGGGUGGAUGGGAAAGACAGGCAGAGGGAGGGAUACAGACAACUGAUAAAGAAACCCACUGAGAGAAGCAGAGCAAGAGCAUAGCUACAAGCGGAGAUAAAGCUCUGGAUAUAAAUGUUCCAUCCACGGGUUUUGGAAUAAUAACUGCAGCAAGUGAACAGGGAUACAGAGAAAGGGAGAACCACAGAGGAGAUGGAUGUACAAACAGAAAACACGGACCCCCCACCGAAUGAAUCGCAGCCAAGUGGGAAAAUGAGAAAAGGAUUCAAGCUGUUUGGUAAACGCAAACCAGGUAACAUUUUUUCUAUCCGAAGCAAAGGGGAUGGAAACAACAAGUCACCUGUUAUCAAGAGCAAAACCUUGGAUGGAUUACUGGAGACUCCUGCGCCAGAUUCUGAGCAGGAGGUGGACAAGGAAAAGGGACAGGAGGUGAGUCAAGGAAAUAUGGAGGAGGCAGAGGAUGAGGCACUUGGUGAAGAUGGUGUUCUGGCUGCUGCUCCUGCACGUACAUCCAUCUCUUCACUCAGCUCGGCUAAGUCCCUCAGUUUCCUUUCACUGCUGAGGGGGGGGCAGAAGGGUGUGGGGGACCGCCGAGUCCACACUGUGUCUCAGCCAGUCGGUCGGCAACGUCGCGGGCUGAAAGGCCUGUUUGGUAAUGUCAAGCUUCGAUCAAAAGAUAAAGAGGACAAGGAGGAAGCCCCUCCGAGCCCGCUUCUCAUGUCAUCUCGUGCCAACAGUGUGGAAAUCAUCAAAGAGGACCUUACCCUCACACCUAAAUUCCAGCCUCGCUCUCUGGAUAGCCCCGAGACAGAGAGCUCUGAGCCCGUCCAUGGCUCUAUAACUCACGACAGUGCAGCCACAUCCCCAUCAGAGAUGUCAUCUCCCCGUGUGACAGCAGACAACGUGAGUAGAACUAAUGAUCAUGUGUUGCCUUUGCCCACCUCUGAACCCCCACUGGUACCUGGAGAUAACAGCUUGAGCUGCUUGCUGGCAGACAUCUCCUCUCUCCUAACCUUUGACUCAAUCUCAGGGGGUGGAGACAUCAUGGCUGAUGUGGAAGCAGAGUGGGGAAAGGCCAGCAGUGCUAUCAGCCCUGUGGUUACUGAUGUGACUCCUUUAUCUACAUCUCUCUUCACCAAAUCAACCAUCUCCUCUUCACCAGUGUCAACAGCUUUCAACACCAUUGCUGCAGCAAAACCCUCCUUUGUAUCCAUCCCCUCAUCUACCAUUACCAAGCCAAGCACCAACCUCACAUCGUUCACCAAAUCUUCCACUUUGACUUCCCACUCUGUUAAGCUGAGUUCAGACUCUACUCCGCCCUCUGACCUUUCAGCCAGCAUUAAAGUUAGUCUAACUUCUGUUCCCACCACGACAAAACCCUCCACUACUCCUGUGGCAUUAGCAAGCUUUUCAGCUCCAGUGAUGUCUUCUGCUUCAAAGACAACUCAAUCAGCAAUAAGCUCAAUCUCUACUGCUGCCACAGCUCCUCCAAACACAACGCCCACUGUGGUCAAGGCUCCUUCAGUUUGUCAACCUCCUGUCUUUUCAGCUACUAAACUGGCUUCAGAGAUGACACUGUCUUCUCAAAAUAUUGUUUCUGUAAGUAAACCAAGUCCUGUAGCUUCUUCAGCUCCUGCAUCAGCUAAACCUCCAGUAGCCCAUAGCCCUCCCAUCCCUGUUACCAAACCUCUGCCUGUUAAUCUGGAUUCAGUUUGCAGUUUGAACCAGCAAAAAUCUACUUCCUACAAACUUUCUCCAAGCUUAGCACCUGGAGAAUCUAAAGCGCCAAUGCCAGGACCAGUAACCUGUGCAUUUACGACUAAGCCCUCCUCUCCUGCUUCAGAUAUUUCCUCCAAGAUGACAUCAGCACCCAUGUUUACUACAAUCUCAGACUCGGUAUCUCCAUCCCUUUCCAAGCCUACCAUCACUCCCACAUCAGUGACCUUAAAUAACACCACUCCUUCACUUGUAAGUGUGUCAGAUCCUUGUCCUUCUUCAACUUUGUUUGCCACAAAUAAGAUCCAGCCUAGCCCACCAUCUGUUUCGCCUCCAACUUCAACCUUAGAUAAGAUCCCUCCUACAACUAAACCCACCAGAGCACCAAUCUCUUCAGAUAAGAUGCCAAUUUCAGUCACCACCACUCAUGCUGUUUCUGCAGCAUCCCCAACACCAACUACUCUGGGUCAGAUCACAGUUUCAUCUAAAGAAUUUCCUGCUCCAACUAAAAUGGAAGUUUCUCAAUUCAAAUCCACCCCUGCCCCUGCUCAAGCUCCUGUUACUCUAACUAAAGAUCCACUUGCUCCUGUUAAAAUGCAGGUCACUUCACCUGAGCCUCCAGCAGCUGCUCAGAUUGUAGUUUCUGUAUCAAGAGACCCAACUAUUCCUGUCAAAAUGCAGGCUAUUCCAUCUAAAGACCCUCCAGCACCUGCUCAGAUCCCGAUUUCGCUAUCUAAAGUUCCACCAGAACCUUCCAAGCCCUCAGAUUCUGCAUCUAAAGAUCCUCCAACUCCUGCUCAGAUCCCAGCAUCAGUACCUAAGGAUCCUCCUGUCCCUGUUUCUAUUCCAGUUUCUGCAUUCAAAGCCCCCCCUGCUCCUGCUCAAAUCCCAGUUUCUUUGCCUAAAACCCAUUCUGCACCUAUGAGUGACUCUUUCCCCACCACUUCCCCCCCUUCUCCUCCUGCACCUUUGCUAACGGAAGCUCCAAUCUCUGUGAAGAUGAAGGGGAGUGGACAGGCAUUGGUGGAUCAUCAGUUGGCUUCUCUAGGUUCCACAGGUGGACAAGGAAGCCAAGCUGUGUCCACCAAAAUAAAAGACCUAGCUAAUGAGUCACAAGUAAGCCUCCAGGGGACCUCCAAAGAAAAGAAGCCACAACAGGUCAAAGCAUCAGGGCUUAGUAAAAUCCCUGUAGUAGGAGGAGGGAGAGUGGGCAAGCUACCUGUCCGGGACAGCCAAAAUGCUAAUGAUGAACCAAGCAAGGACCCACCUACGCCUGUGUUGGAAGAGAGGCCCCAUUUCAACUCACAUGAUGCAGGCAGCAAAGAUAAAAUCAGCACUAUCGAAGCAAAUGUGCCCACCUCAAAACACACCCAGGAGGAGAAUCAGCAGCCUCAACAACCAAAAGUUCUCACCAGUUCAGCGCGUGACUCCAAGAUCCCUGUAAAGCACGGCCCACAGCCUCACACUGCUUCCCAAAUAUCUCAGACUAAAGAACCCCCUCGCACCAAGAUUCCCAUCUCCAAGGUCCCCGUACGCAAGGCUGGUAGCAAACCUGCCCUGACAGGUGGCAGCACACAGAUAAGGAAAUAAAACAACGGACUGAAACAGAUAACAAUAAAGCUCGAGGCUCUGAUUGCAACUUUUUUCCAAGCACCAUCCUUUUUAAAUUGACAUUUCUAUACUGCAAUUUUCUCAUCUCUUGACUUUACAACACCAUCUGCAAGGAGUCAAGGAGGCUGACAGCACUCAAGCACAAAACAUCUCUACCGGGAAUGGAGCAACAGCUUGGCUCUUUGGUGCUGAGCCAACUGGACAUGCACUCAGGAAAGGUUUGAGGGUCACACCUGAACACCCAGCAGCAUCAGUAACUAAGGACAACCAAGCUAAAAGGACAUCUGUGAACACCAUCAUACACACACACACACCCACACACCCACACAAACAACAUAGGCGAGUGCCUUUUUGAGGGUGCUUUUCCCACAGACUCUGAAUUUAUUCCAUCUUUUCUACAGUACUUUUAACUUUUGUUACUCCCACUUUUUGUAGGAACGCUCCACUCUUUUAAUAUUUCUUUCCAGCAAGUCUAUUGA